ACGUGUCAUGGCUGUUUUCUGGGUUUUCAUGCUGAUCUUCUGCGUGAUGUAUGGAGUCCAACCUCGUAGGAACUUUGAUCAUACUAUUGCAGAACCAGAAGUUCAUCAGGCUGAUACAGAACUCUUUGUGGAUAUCGGUGACUCGGCUACUCUACAGUGCUGUGUUUAUGGGACAGAUAUUGGGGUAGUUAUUUGGUAUAAACAACCAAACAGAAAACAGCCUCGGAUUAUGUGCAGAACCUAUAAAACUGAUGAAGAAACUUUUUUUCAUGAAUUUCAAAAUCCUCGAUUUCAAGCAGAAAGAUCUUCAAACUGCUCCAAUAUGAUCAUUUCUAACAUCAUACAGUCUGAUGAAGCCGUGUACUACUGCUCAAUCGUCUUACCAUACGGUGUGUUUGGAAAUGGGACUUAUUUAAAAAUUAAAGGAACAUCUAAACCAACUCUGAGUGAUGAUUCAGUGGUGUGUGAAGCAUCAGUGUAUCGAAACAGCACUAACAUCAACGCAAUCAAAAACACAGUGCUCGGUUUGGGGACGGCUUUGAGUCUGUGCGCACUUCUGAUUUUCUGUCUCACUUAUUUAAAAUGUAAAAAAUGCAAAAUGAACACUUUUCUAAAGGAUUGUCCAGAAAGGAUGCAGGAGUCUCAGGCUGAUAUAUUAAAUUAUGCAUCUUUCUGGUCGUAUGAGAGGAGCCACGACUCAUCUGUAAAUUCUGUGCACUCUGAAGUGACAUACAAUUGUAUUAUGUAA